AUGUCGCUUAAAUUGCAAAAAAGAUUAGCAGCGUCCGUUCUGAAAUGUGGAAAAAAUAAAAUAUGGAUGGACCCCAAUGAAAUUAGCGAAAUAUCGCUAGCCAAUUCAAGAUUUAGCAUAAGAAAAUUGUAUAAAGAAGGCCUGAUUUUAAAAAAGCCACAGAAAGUACACAGUAGAGCAAGAGUUAGGCUUUAUAAAUUGGCCAAAAGGAAAGGAAGACAUAUGGGUAUAGGUAAAAGAAGAGGUACAAAAAAUGCAAGGACAAAUCAAAAAACUUUAUGGAUUAAACGUCAGCGUGUGUUAAGAAGGUUAUUAAAAAGAUUGAGAGAUGCAAAAAAAAUAGAUAGACAUUUAUAUCACUCCUUUUAUUUAAAAUGUAAAGGUAACCAAUUUAAAAAUAAGAGGACCUUAAUUGAGGCAAUACAGAGGGAAAAAACAGAAACCCUGAAAAAGAAGUCAAUAGCUGAUCAGUUGGAGGCCAAGCGAUUAAAGGCCCAAAUAUUACGAAACAAGAGAAAAUUAAAAAAGGACAAGGAAACACGCUAA